UGGUGUCACCCCAGUGUGACUUUUUAUAUUUGGGCCAACUGAUGCUACUCCUCAGCUCGAAUGUGCUGCCCUUCCCUCUUCUUCAUGCUGGAUGGCCCCGGGCCCCUGAGCUCCUCAGCCCCUGCCCCCAAGCCCAGACUGGAGGAACAACUCCCCGAGGCCGCCAGACAGUGGCGCUGGGCUGGCGACCAUAGGCUCAUUGCCUCCCAUGUGUCUCUGGACGUCAGCAUCCACCUUCCCUCUGCUCUUGGGGUGUCUUCUGUUGCCUAGGAAACGGGACUGGUGGUGAUGACCGACCGAGUGAGCCUGAACCACAGGCAGGAUGGGGGCCUGUACACGGACGAGGGCGCCCCCGCCUUCCAGCCCCAGACGGGGAGCCUGGUGGCUGCCGUCUCUUCCAAGCACCGCCCCAGAGCAGAGAGGAGAAUAAGGACUUUCUUCCCUGAAACCUGGAUUUGGCGUUGUCUAAAUAUCAGUGACCCAUCCGGGGAGGAGACGCUCCGUGUGCAGGUCCCAGACUCCGUCACCAGCUGGGUGGGUGAAGCCGUGGCCCUGUCCACCUCCCGGGGCCUGGGCGUGGCUAAGCCCGCCCUGCUGAAGACCUUCAAGCCCCUCUUCGUGGACUUCAUGCUCCCGCCUCUCGUGGUCCGUGGAGAGCAGGUCAAGGUCCCACUCAGCAUCCACAACUACAUGGAUGUCUGCACGGAGGUGGACUUAAGGCUCUCAGCUCCCAAGGGCGUCCAGUUUGUCGGGCAUCCUGGCAGGCGCCACUUGACCAAGAAGACGUGUGUGGCCCCCGGGGAGGCAGAGCCCACCUGGGUCGUCCUGUCCUUCAGUGACCUGGGGCUCAGCAACAUCACCGCCAAAGCCCUCGCUUACGGAGAUACCAGCUGCUGCCGGGACGGGAGGUCCAGCAGACACACAGAGGAGCAGCAUGGUGACCGGAGGGUCCCCAUGGGGACAGAUCACGUCAGGCGCAGUGUGAUGGUUGAGCCUGAAGGAGUCCCCCGGGCAUAUACCUACAGCACGUUCUUCUGUCCCAACGAGAGAGUCCACAUCUCCACGCCCAACAAGUACGAGUUCCAGUAUGUGCAGCGGCCACUGCGCCUCACGCGCUUUGACGUGGCCGUGCGGGCCCACAAUGACGCCCGCGUGGCCCUGUCUUCCGGGCCCCAGGACACAGCGGGCAUGGUCGAGAUCGUGCUGGGAGGCCAUCAGAACACCAGGUCAUGGAUCUCCACCAGCAAGAUGGGCCGGCCUGUGGCCGGUGUGCACACGGCCAGGAUCCUCUCCUGGGAUGAGUUCCGAGCAUUCUGGAUCAGCUGGCAGGGUGGGCUCAUCCAGGUUGGCCGUGGGCCAGAGCCAUCCAACGAGUCUGUCAUCAUGGCCUGGACUCUCCAACAGCCCCUUGAGGUCCAGUUCAUCGGCUUCUCCACUGGCUGGGGCUCCAUGGGCGAGUUCCGGCUCUGGAGAAAGAUGGGGGCGGACGAGAGUGACAGCGAGGCCUUCACCCUGGGGGUCCCGCACGGCGCCGUGCCUGGGUCCGAGCGUGCCGCUGCCUCUGUCAUCGGGGACGUCAUGGGCCCCACCUUGAGCCACCUCAGCAACCUGCUGCGGCUGCCCUUUGGCUGCGGAGAACAGAACAUGAUCCACUUUGCUCCCAAUGUCUUUGUCCUGAAGUAUCUUCAGAAAACCCGGCAGCUCAGCCCUGAGGUGGAGAGAGAGACGACCGACUACCUGGUGCAAGGCUAUCAGCGGCAGCUGACCUACAAGCACCAGGAUGGCUCCUACAGUGCAUUUGGGGAGCGGGACGCGUCAGGCAGCAUGUGGCUCACCGCCUUUGUGCUGAAGUCCUUUGCGCAGGCACGCAGCUUCAUCUUCGUGGACCCACGGGAGCUGGCGGCUGCCAAGGCCUGGAUUGUCGGGCAGCAGCAGGUGGAUGGCGCCUUCCCAGCCGUGGGCAGGAUCCUCAACAAAGACAUCCAGGGCGGGAUCCGCGGAGCAGUCCCUCUGACGGCCUAUGUGGUGGCCGCUCUCCUGGAGACAGGUGCGGCCUCAGAGGAGGAGAGAGGCGCCAUCGACAAGGCCAGGCGCUUCCUGGAGUCCGGCAUGGCCCUGGCCUCCGACCCCUACAGCUGCGCCCUGACCGCCUACGUGCUGACCCUGCUCCACAGCCCAGCCGCCCCGGAGGCGCGGCGCAAGCUCCGCAGCCUGGCCAUCCUGCGCGAUGGUGUCACCCACUGGAGCCUGAAAAGUUCCCGGGACAUGGACAAGGGCACGUUCCUGAGCUUCAGGGACAGAGCCUCUCAGUUAGUGGUCUCGGCCGAAGUGGAGAUGACAGCUUAUGCCCUUCUGACCUACACUCUCCUGGGUGAUGUGGCUGCCGCCCUGCCCGUGGUGAAGUGGCUGUCCCAGCAGCGAAAUGCACUGGGGGGCUUCUCCUCCACUCAGGACACCUGUGUGGCUCUUCAGGCCUUGGCUGAAUAUGCCAUCUUGUCCUACGCUGGCAGCAUCAACCUCACGGUCUCUCUGGCCUCCACCAACCUGGACUACCAGGAGACCUUUGAACUGCACAGGGCCAACCAGAGGGUUCUGCAGACAGCGGCGAUCCCCAGCCUCCCCACGGGGCUGUUUGUGAGCGCCAAGGGGGACGGCUGCUGCCUCAUGCAGAUUGACGUCACCUACAACAUACCUGAUCCGGUGGCCAAGCCAGCUUUCCAGCUGCUUGUGAGCCUGCAGGAGCCCGAGGCCCAGGGACACCCACCCCCUGCGCCCGCCUCCUCGGCCAAGGGCCCCCGUGGGGACCGGCGCCCGGCAGAUGACGACGACCCGGCAGCUCACCUGCACCACCAGGAAUACAAGGUGACGCUGGAGGUGUGCACCAGGUGGCUGCACGCAGGGUCCUCCAACAUGGCUGUCCUGGAGGUGCCGCUGUUGUCAGGCUUCCGGGCAGAUGUGGCGAGCCUGGAGCAGCUGCUCCUCGACCGGCACGUGGAGGUGAAGAGGUACGAGCUGGCAGGACGCAGGGCGCUCUUCUACUUUGACGAGGUACUGCCGGCGGGCGCCGUGGAGGCGGCUUCCCGGAGCCCCAGCUGGGGGGCGCGGGGCGUGGCCUGGCGUGGCUUCCUCGC